GAGAGCCAGGUGCGACCCAGCAGGGGGAGUGGGUGAGCUGGUCCCAGGGCAGCCCGCAUGUGUCCUCGAGCGUGGGUGUGGGGUAAUUUGGGUGGGAACAAAGUGGAGGCUACCGCGACCGAGUCCCGCGCCUCGCUGGCGGGGUGUGUGCAGAAAGAGCGAGGAUAAAUAGGAGGCUCCCUCCUCCCAGCCCCACUCCCGGAGCCGGCCGCCCGCCCGCCCCGGGUGUUUGCCCGCCCUGUGGCCGGGGUGCCAGCCUGGGGAGUAGUUUCGUUUCCUGCUGGCCCGAGAGUAGUUUCCAGGCCCGCCCUCGGGCGCCCGCGGCCCGGGAAGGGGCGCAGGAGGAGGCGGGGGACUCGGCCAGGGGCUGCCCGGCCCCGCAGCGUGGGGUUGAUGGACCGGGCCGCCCCGGCCGGCGGCGCCAGCUCCCUGCCACUGCUCCUGGCCCUCGCCCUGGGUCUUUAUAGCUGCCACCGUGGGGAGUACCUACCCUGUGCCAGGCAUUACCAAGGUCUAGUGAUCCUCCACUGUGUCGUGGCAGAUGGGAAUGCAACCAGGAGUCCUGAAAGGGAUGGCCUUCUCUGUGGAGAUCCUGGGGAAAACUGCGCAGCUACCACCAUGCAAUCGAAGCGGAAAGGCCACUUCUCUCGGUGCCCCAAGCAAUACAAGCACUACUGCAUCAAAGGGAGAUGUCGCUUCGUGGUGGCCGAGCAGACGCCCUCCUGCGUCUCCUCUGAUUCCGGCUUACCUUUCUAGCCACAUCUCUCACCAUAUUCCCAGCUGUUCCUCUGAAAUCCCGCAUCCCUUUCCACGGUUUAUCACACAAGCUCUGCUAGUCUGGAAAACUUAUUCGCACUGAUGUUUUGGAUGCAGCUCAGACCUCAGCUCCUCCUGGAUCCCUGCGCUGACUUCCCUCUUCUCGGACACACACUCGGGUGUGUUAGACGUCCUGUCUCUGAGAUCUAGUCUCCCUCUAGAUCUCAGCUCUGGAGCUUAGCUGUUGGUCCCUGUGAGUGUCCCUUCCGUGUCUGCGAGCACCCAGAGGCGGGUCUCGGGGCGUAUUCGUUUUUGUGUCCCAGGGCCAAGCGCAGUGUCAGAAUUCUAAUAGGCGCUCAGGAAAUGAGUGGCGAAUAAAUGAAGAAGUCCCUCUAGCAUGGCGCAUCGAAUGCUACGCUGACAACACCAAGGCCUUACUCUGAGCCAGGAACAGCUUCUUCGUGGUAAAAUGGUGCAGAAUGAACAGCAAGCAGAAGAGCAGAGAAGCCAGCACACAGAUUUUGAAGCCAGGUAGACCCAAGUUAAGGUUUUGUUUGUACCAGAAGAACUGCUAACAACAGGUCAGUUACCCUUCCCGAGCCUCAGUUUUAUCAUCUGUAAAAGGGGGUAAUAAUAUCUCCCUCUCAAGUGUUGAAAAUAAAGCAGGAGAACUCAUUAAGCAAAAAUACUUUCUGUCGUACCCAGCACAGAGUAGGUGUUCCAUACAUUGUCCUGCUGACGAGCGGGGUGUAUGUGACCUGGGCCUGACCUUUUAGGUGACUGGUCAUAGCACAGGUUGGGGCAAAGCUGUGUUGCCAUUGGUGACUCUGCCAGCUUGGAAAAGCACAAGUAUCUCCUUUUGCUUGGAAUUACAGGAGUGUGUGGACUCCUGCUUUUACAUGAAAAAAAAAAAAAAAAAAGUGUGCGUCUCAAAUAACUCAAAUCCCCUUAGUCUUCUUAGUAUUUUCUUGGAAUGGGAAUGAUUUCUUUCCAGAUACAUGUCUUCACGUAUCAAUGUGGUACAGUUCAUUUAAGCAGUAUUUCGUGUGCUUGGGGCAUCAACUUGAGAGUCAAACAGCUUGAAUCUGAAUUUCUCUAUGCUCUCAGUUUCUCCACCUUCCAAAUGGGUUAAUAACGACACCUACCUCAGAGGUUGUUGUGAGGAUCAAUUGACUUAAUAGUUACAAAUCCCUUACAACCGUGUCUGGUGAUUAUUUCAGGACAGUGAUCCUAACUCUGAUUUUUCAGAAUCCUGAAGGGUCAUGGGUGUUUUUAAAAGUGAUUUUAAAUGCUAUAAGAUGUUUACUAAAUAAAAACUGAUGUAUUCAGCUACUCAGCGUUUCAUAGACAUCUGCUAGGAUCUUGUACUCUUUGCCUCUUCUUUUCCCAUUGAAAUGACCAUUAGCUGACAUGUUAUUGGUUUGAUGAGAAGUGAAAUAACAUGAGAGCCAUGGUAACUGCCUGUGCAAAGGUUAGCCUUCUGGCCUGGCCUCAUUGGGUUACAGCUUUUGCAGGAAAUCCUGCUUACUGAGAAAUUCAAUUAAAGCACGGCUACACCACUGAACCCAGAGCCAUAAUAAUCAUUAAAAAAAAAAAAAAGACAAAAAACAUUCUAAAAGAGCAGCAAGUCAUUUCUGUGUAUUUUAUGGGCAAAUUGAUUGUUUAAAAAUGCCAGAUUUAGUGAAUGUGUUAGAGAAGCCCUUAAGCUAAUUGGAAGAGACUCUAUAUAUUGGUAAGAUUUUCAUUAUGACCUUAAAAAAAAAAAAAACUCUUUAAAAAAAAUCUCCCUCCCACACACGCAAUAAAAAGUGAUUCCCCC